UAGGUAAAAAUGAGUCCUACGUGCCUUUAGCUUCCGAUUUAACAGCAACAAUGACUAAAUUUUGUGACAAAUAUGUUAAUUUUGUUUAUCAGUUGAGGAACGAGGGUAUAAAGGAUGUUGGAACGUUGUAUUUCUUUUAUUAGUUCAGUAUGGACUGGUGUGGAAGUUUUGUGCUUGUGGCCCUUAUAGGACUGUUACAAUGCAAUUCAUUUCAAACUCAAAAUGCAAGACCUAACAACAACAGGCAAACUACAAUACAAUACAGGAUACCCUACUACAAUCUUCCACAGAAUUACAGAUUUAUCCCGAUACCAUACCCAUAUUAUACGACGAACUUCAAUAACAACCCACCAAGAAGGCAACAACCGCCUAGAGGGCCCACUAAUCCAGUAUGGACUAUUAUAAUUGAUAACACCAAUUCAACACCGAGUGUUAAACAACCAAACAAACCUAUAAUUCUCAACACUAGAGAUUUUAAAGUUAGAGUACAAAUUGACAAUACACGUAAGGGAAAGAAUAAACCUUCUAACAAAACAAAGGAACCCGAAGAUGACGAGGAUCCAAAAAUUGACGUAAGAAGCGGUAAUGACGAUGGCCAAGAAAACAAUGAUGAUGGUAAAAGGAAAGCUGAGGAACCGAAAGAAAAGGGAGGUGAUGGUAAACGUGAUGAUGGAAAUAAACCAGAAGAUAAAAAAGGGGACGAAAAUAAUGAUGAUGAUGGUGAUGAUAAACCAAGAGGCAAGAAAGACAGUGAAAAUGAAGACAAACCAAAAAAUAAGAAAGAUGCUGGCAAUGGGGAUAAAGAUGACAAACCAAAAGAAGAUGAUAAUAGUGACAAGCCAGAAAAAAACAAAGACGAUGGAAACAAAGAUGAUAAUGAUAAUGACGAGAAAAAACCUCAUAAUCAUGACAAAUCAAAGCAUAGGAAAGGCAAAGAUGACAAACCGAAAGAAAAUGAAGAUGAUGAUGAUAAUGACGAGAAAAAACCUCAUAAUCAUGACAAAUCAAAGCAUAGGAAAGGCAAAGAUGACAAACCGAAAGAAAAUGAAGAUGAUGAUGAUAAUGACGAGAAAAAACCUCAUAAUCAUGACAAAUCAAAGCAUAAGAAAGGCAAAGAUGACAAACCGAAAGAAAAUGAAGAUGAUGAUGAUAAUGACGAGAAAAAACCUCAUAAUCAUGACAAAUCAAAGAAUAAGAAAGGCAAAGAUGACAAACCGAAAGAAAAUGAAGAUGAUGAUGAUAAUGACGAGAAAAAACCUCAUAAUCAUGACAAAUCAAAGCAUAAGAAAGGCAAAGAUGACAAACCGAAAGAAAAUGAAGAUGAUGAUGAUAAUGACGAGAAAAAACCUCAUAAUCAUGACAAAUCAAAGCAUAAGAAAGGCAAAGAUGACAAACCGAAAGAAAAUGAAGAUGAUGAUGAUGAUAAUGACGAGAAAAAACCUCAUAAUCAUGACAAAUCAAAGCAUACGAAGGGCAAAGAUGACAAACCGAAAGAAAAUGAAGAUAAUGGUAAUUCUGACAACAAAAACACUGACAAUGGAGACGACAGAGAAGAAAGUGAUCCAUCGAAUAAUAAAGACUCUGACACUCCGGACCCCGAUGAUGAAAAUAAUGAUAAUGAAGCUGAUCCUGCCGGAAAUGACAAUAACAGCAACUCUGACAAUGACAGCCCUUCAAACGACAAGAAAUCUGACGAUAACAAUGAGGACGAUUCCGAAGCAAAGAAUGAUAAUGGAGAUAAGCCAGAAGAAAAUAAUAAUGAUAAAGAUGAUCUAGAAGAAAAUAACAAUGAUGGAGAUGAUCAAGAAGGAAAAAAUAAUAAUGAAGAUGAUCCAGAAGCAAAGAAGGACGGUGAAGGCGAUUCAGAAGGAAAGAAAGAUAAUGGAAGUAACCCUGAAGAAAAUAAUGAUGGUGGAAAUGAUCUGAAAGAAGGAAAGACCGAUGAUGGAGACAACCUAGAGAGCAAGAAGGAUGGUCCAGAACCAAAUAAUGAUGAUGAAAAUGGUCCAGAUGAAAAUAAAGAUAAUGGGGAUCAACCAGAGGGAAAUUAAUAUGAUAAAAAAUGCAAUGACUAAUACUUAAGUAGUGUUAAUUACAAUUAUAAUUUAUCAAAUAAAAAUUAAUUGAAUUGCCUUACUUUUACUAAAACAAGUAAGUAAAUAUUAAACUGUAUUACAUUUUUUUCAUUUUUCUACUAAUUUUAUUAUGUUCCAAAACGAACGACAAAUGACUAUGUUGAUUGUGUUGCCU